UACGGGCUAACGAUAAAGACUAAUAAAAUAGGCUCACUUUAUCGCGGUAUGUGUGCGUCAUGGGGUUAUUACCCGCAUGCGGGCUAACAACCAAUGAAAUUCAUCGAUCGGUGUAAAGAAGGCGUCGUGCGGGUGCGGGGACUCAGUUGACGAGUUUUAUUUGACCCGAACUGACGCUGCGCGGGAACAUAAUGGCUGAUCGUUUUACUGAAGUACAAAUGCUGAAAUUGGUAAAAAUAUAUCGAGAUUAUCCAUGUUUAUGGAAUGUUACAAGCGAAUUCUAUAAAAACCGGAAUGCGAGGGAAAGUGCAUACAAAGAAAUUUGGGAAAAAUUAAAUAUCCCUGGCCUCACGAUUAAGGAUAUACCGAAAAAAAUUAAAAAUAUGAGGUCAUCUUACUAUCAAGAAUUAAAAAAAAUCGUAAAAAGCAGAUCAGACGUUGGCCAGGAUUCUAUCUAUCAGCCAAAGGUUUCGUGGUUUACUACAGCUGAUGGAUUUUUAAGGAUGGUCAGGAAUAAUCAAGAAACAUUCUUGAAUAUUGAUGAAAAUUCAGCUUCAGAUAACUCCGAAACACAGAAUAACGAGUACAUUUUAAAUGAAGAAAAUUCAUACGGUGCUGCAGAUGAUAUAAAUAAUUCAGAUGAUAAUAAUGACACAAAUAACGACGAAGGUCACCAAUACGAAGGAUUAUCUGGAUUUACUACACCAUCAGUGAAACCAUUAAAAAAGACGAAAAAGAAAAAAGAUGAACAGAUAUUUAUAGCUAUUGAAAGAUUAGAAAAAAUUGCCAAAGCUGUGACAAAUACAACGAAUUCUCUAGUAAAUCACAAAGAAGAUGAAUUUGAUAUUUUUGGAAAAUACAUAGCAAUGACUUUACGUUCUUUGCCAGGUGAACUAGGUGUUAUUGCAAAAACAGAUAUUCAAAAGGCAUUAUCAGAUAUUCAAAUUAAAGCUUUCAGACAAAAAACCCAAACAGUGCCGGUAUUGUACGAGGCUUCGAUGUCUUAUGAUCCUCAUACGGAGAGUCCCCGAAAACGUAUAAAGCUUGAAGUGACAGCUGAAGACUCUUAGUUUAAACCUCUUCGGAUUAUUUAAGCUUUACUUACUCUUGAGUCUAGAUAUAGAACGUAAUUUUCAUUAUCUCAAUAAUCAAUC